AUGUCGUUCUUCGGCUUCGAUACUACCCUACCGAGGGACCGAGCUCCCGCGGGUGAAAAAAGGGGUUUUUUCGAAGCUCCUGAUCCCUUUGCCGAAGUCGCCCGUGCUGGGGCAGGACGCUUAGCCGACGAUGAUGAUGCCAUCGAUUUUGAGGACACUUACGAUGGUUUAGGGGAUCAGCUCAACGACGAUCAAGAUGCCUUUAACGAGGACACGUUUGGCGACGUUGGCACAGGCUCAGUCGGCAAGGACUUCGACUUUUUUGGGCAGACAGCACAGGUUGCGGAUGCUAUCGGUGAGGAGCAAGUUCGCUUCAAUCUACAACACCCGGGUGCUCCUAGUGGAAGCUCGGCAAAAGAGAUUGCUGCUCAGCCUCCAGCAACCAGCGUCUCAGGAGACAAACCCAAACGUACUGGAUAUGAGAAAUACCAGGACCCGGGAUAUAUCCCUGACCUGCAAGCCAAGUCCAGCGUCUGGGGCUUGCAAAAGAAGCCAGAGCCUGCUCAUGAGCCUGUUCACGAGCAUGUUCACCAGCAUGUUCACCAACAUGUUCACGAGCCUGUAUCGCAAGCCAAGAAAAUGUUAAGCUUGGAGGAGGUCGAAGCUCAGUUACGUAGUCACGGUAUUGCCCCGGUGCAGCCCCCGGUCUCUAUGCCGAUGCCGAUGCCCGAUCUUUCGCAUCUUCAACGGAACCAACAGCUGCCAAACGUUCCCGAAGCCUUUUCACAACUGCCGCCCGAGUUUCUACAGGCCCAGUUUCCCAAAGAUGUACCACCAGCACAUCUUCUGCACCAUCCCUCCAUGGUGCCAGAGCCAUUUUCUCUACCACCAAGUGCGCCAAAUGUGCCAUUACAUCUCCUGCAAAAUGCCAAUAUUUUGCCCCAGCAUAUGGCAUCUCCGCAGCGUCAGGCGAUCCCCCCACGAGUGCAGCAGCCUCCGCCACAGCAUCCGCCACCGCAGGCUAUGAAAGGAGCAAAUGCCGGUCUCCCUUUGAUCACCAACCCUCAGCAGCUGAUGCAGUUGACGGAGGAACAACGCAUGGCGUAUUUGAUGGAGGAUGCGAAGCGGGCAAAGCGCAAUCACAAGAUAUUCCUCCUGUCAAAGGGUAAUGGGUUGAUGACUCCCCAAGACAAGAACUUCAUCACGCGGAUCCAAUUGCAACAGCUUGUAGCGGCCGCAGGUAAUGUUGCCGAUGCGGACUUGGAGGCUGUCUUAGCGGAGGACUUUUACUACCAGGUUUACAGCCAGAUUCGUGGUGCGCCUCGGCAGCAUCCGCAUCAGCCUCUUGGCCACUUUGCGCAGACCUACCUGCUUCAGACUGGUAACCGCCUUGGUGGCCAUGGGCGAAGGAAUCUCCAGAGUGCCGACAACCAUAUGCAAAGGAUGCAGCAGCAGGUUCAGCGUGCAGUUGAAGCGGCGAAAGCGAAACCGAAGAACAAGCAGUUGAUUAUUGAGGGCAGUCUGGGCAAGAUCUCUUUCAGCAAUGCCAAAGCGCCGAAGCCAAUGCUCAACAUCAAGCGCCCCGAGACCUCAGACGGAGCCAAGGCUGCCAAGAAGCAACCAACGGACCUGAGCCUCAGUGAUCGGAAGUCUAUCCUGAUGAACAUUGAAAAUGUGUACAGUACUUUGAUGGAUAUGGAAGACAUGGAGCGCACCAUGCCCCCUCUGCCUGACGAGAAUGAUUCUGAAGCCAUCCAGAAGCACUUGGAAUGGCGCCAGAAGAUCCGUUCCUUGAACCAAAAAUUGUGGCAAGAACUCAAGGUCAUGGAGCCUAUUGUUCCUAACACUAACACUCCACAUCCAUUUAUUGCUUUUCUGUCUUAUCCCAAGGGCAAGAAGGCUAUUCCACGCAUUUUCCGUCACAUUGACCAAGAACAGCGAGUCACAAUCCUCACAAUGAUCGUUGUCCACUUGGACACCUUGGACGUGGUUCGAAGCGCACAGCCUGUUCCAGGCGAGAACCAGCCUUCGCUCGCGGUUAGAGAGGCCAUUGAUCUGUUCUCGCAGGCCGUCUUGCCCAGCCUCUUAGGAUAUGUGAACGAGGCACCGUUCAACAUCAUCAUUGGUCUUCUGGGUCUUGUGAUUGCGCAGACUCACGUGCAGCUAGUGGCCAAGACUCGCAUUGGAUUGGGAAUAUUGACUAUGUUGCUCAGCCGUGCGGAGAUUGUAAAGGAAGCUGGGCAGGCCGCGGAACGUGACUGGCAACAAUGGGUUGAGAAAUUCAACGUCCUGUUCGACACACUCGAGCCAAUCUUUGCCGAUAUCUUUCCCGCCUCGAUCAAUGCUGGCGACGAUAUGUAUGUUUGGCAGUUUUUGGCAGCGGUUGGCAUCGGAGCGAGCCCUGAGCAGCAGCAGCGCUUGGUCAUCGCAGUGAAGGAUCGUGUGAUGGAAACAGUGACAUACAGCAAAACGCUGCCCGCCGAUAUGGCCAGCCAACGACUAGGAAACGUCAACCUAUUUAUGCGUGCCAUUGGACUUGAUGUCGAACUUCUCGGCUAA